AUGCUGACCAAAUUUAAUCUUGAUAUUUGCUUCAUAUCUGAAACCAAACAGAAACAUGGUAAACUUUUAAAUUCUAUGAAACAACUUAAUAUCCAAAAAUUUUUGCAUGUUAAUCCUGAAAGGGCUAGUGGUACAGCUGGUGGAUUAGUAAUGAUAUGGAAGAACAAUCUUGAUGUUGAAAUUCUAGACAGUUCAAUUAACCAUAUCAAUGCUAAAAUACAGCCUACUAGUGGCCCUCCCUGGCUCUUCACUGGUUACUAUGGUAAUUCUAAUAAUACUCAGUGUAAACUAAAUUCUUGGAAAUUUUUGGAGUAUACUGCUUCCAAGAACUCCCUCCCUUGGUUGAUUAUUGGUGAUUUCAACUUUAUGUUACAUGAUUUUGAAAAAUACAGUACCCAAGCACUGGACAAUGCUGAAGCUAAUAUUUUUAGUAACAAGAUUAUUGAUCUGGAUCUAAAUGAUUUAGGCAGCACUGGCUGCCCUUUCACUUGGACAAAUAAGAGAACUAUUGGCUCUGAUCACCAUCCCAUUUUUCUUAACACUAAUCCUCACUGGAGUACUGGUAAAAUCCCUUUCAAGUUCUUUGGUCCUUGGCUAGACCAUAAGGAUUGUAAGGAUAUCAUCUUUGAAUGUUGGAAGAGGAACUUGUCUGGUUCUAGCGCUUUUCUAAUUGCUAUAAAACUCAAAGAGGUCAAGCUGAAACUCAAAAUCUGGAACAAAGAAGUUUAUGGCAACAUAAAGACAAACAUUGAAGAAUGUAAGCAACAUAUGCAUUGGCUACAAGAAAAUUACUUCAAUCAGGACAGAAGUAAAGCCUUACAAACUGCAAUGAAUGUUCUCAGAGAAUGGCAAGACAUUGAAGAAAAAUUUUGGAAAAUCAAAAGCAGAGACCAAUAUAUCAAAUUGGGAGAUAAGAAUACAAGUUAUUUCCACAGAACUACAAAAAGCAGAUUAAGAAGGAACAAGAUAGAUACCAUCCAAGAUAGUUCUGGAAACUGGAUUGAAAACUACCAAGACAUAAAGCAAUGCUUCACCAACCACUUAUCAAAAAUGGCUACUUCAGAAUCCCCUUCUAUGAAUACUGAAAUCCUUAACCUCAUUCCUACAGUCAUAACCACUGAAGAUAACAAAAAUCUCAAUAGAAUUCCUGAAGAUAGUGAGGUCAAAGCUAUUCUCUUCAGCAUGGCCAAAGAUAAAGCUCCAGGACCAGAUGGCUUCCCACCUAACUUCUUCCAAGCAAAUUGGGACAUUAUAGGAGAGGACCUAUUUAAAAUGGUCCAACAUUUCUUCAAACAAAUAGCUGAUAAUAUAGCCAUUGCCCAUGAAAUUAUUCAUCACAUGAGAACCAGAAGAGGUCUUAAAGGCAACAAAGGAAGUGUGGGGAUCAAUAUUGAUAUGGCUAAAGCCUUUGACAGAGUGGACUGGAAGUUUCUUCAUACAAUUAUGGUCAAAAUUGGAUUCAACUCUGAAUGGUGCAACAAGAUUAUGCAAUGCAUAUCCACUACUUGUACUGCUGUCCUUCAAAUGGCUCCCCUGAAAAAUUCUUUAACCCUACUAGAGGACUCAGCACAUAAUCUCAAGGAUAUCCUCAACAUUUUUGGAGAUACUUCUGGCCAACUCAUCAACUUCAGCAAAUCAGGAGUCUUCUUCAGCAAGGACACUGAUCCAGCUCUUAUGUCUAUUAUCUGCAAGCUGCUUGGAGUUCAAAUUCUUCCUACAAAUGACAAAAUCCCAAAGCAAACCUGUCAAGAUAUGAACAAACUACAAAGAGAUUUCUUCUGGGGAAAGAACCUGGAAAACCCCACAGGCUACUACCCAAAAGCCUGGACAGCCAUUUGCAAACCUAAGGAGCUUGGUGGAUUAGGUUUUAUGAAUAUGGAGCUUUUCAACAGUGUCAUGAUAACAAAAAUAGGAUGGAGAUUGGAGCAGGACAAGGAUUCUCUCUGGUAUCAACUGAUGGAUGCCAAAUAUUUAUUGGGAAGAAAUGUUCUCAGCAUGAACACCAAAGCUAAAGAUGGAGACUCCUGGAUAUGGAAAGGGGUUUUAUAA